GGUAGUACCGUAGAAGGUACCACGAGAAGUACCGUCAUGCAAUAGUCAAGUACCUAAGACGGAGCUAGUGGUAAAACUUCGAAUGUUCUUUGCCAGAUUACCUUAAGUAGGUACAAUACCUACCUAAAGUUAGGUACAAGAAACUAGGAAUAUUCGCCCCGUUUCUCUACACUAAACGAAACACUACCUCCUACUUCCUCAUCCUCUUCUCUCCAUAUAUACAUACCAUACAUACCAUAUAUAUAAUAUCCCUGAACGUAUAUACUUCCAUACCUAAUAGUUUAUAUAUAAUUACAUCUCUCUCAAAGCAUACUUGUUUUAUACCGCGCUCCAUAUCCACCAGAUACCUAAUUUGUCACAACCUCCUAGGUUAAUUCAUUCAACCUUUCAAAUUUGCUAAUCCUGUUUAUGAAUUCGCACAACUUCACAUGGCCGGCCCCUAAGUAACCCGUCUUCUUAUAUACUUACAUACCUACAUAGAUCGCACUCAUCCGUUCUCAUGAAGUUCGCUCAAGAGUUCAGGAAAGCUCUACAAAGAGAAGGCUUUCCUGAGAAAUGGGUCAACUCUGCUGUCCCUUACGGCCAGCUAAAAAAAUGUCUCAAGAAGGUUACCAAUGAACUCAAGGAGCUCGGACUCGACAAGGAUACUUUGGCUCAACUAGCUGCCAGCCAGAAGGAUCCAUCUGUAGUUGCUUUUCAUUAUCACCUUGAUGGAAAACUCACCGCUUCUAAUCAUUUUCGUCCGAGGCUUACAUUUUUCAUCCACCUUCAAGAUGGCGUGGCCGUAGACGCAAAAUUAACGCCGACUACAAGAGACUUUUUGAAGAAAGUAGUAUCUAAGACAGGGGAAUCAUCAGAUUUACUAGUAUGCGACGUUAGCAGUGUACACCCAGUUGCUUCAACUAAACCUACGGAUCCUCCUCCUAGUGCCGACCACGUGUCAUUGCCAAAAGAGGACCAUUUAUCUGUUCAACAGAUCGAAGUGCCUUUAGUCUUCGAUGGCGAAUUCUUUGAAAUUCUACAGACCGAUGUCUCGAACUUAGACGCGUUGCAACAGGAGGAACAAGAUAAAUUAGGUAAAGAGAUCAGUCUUCUAGGUCAGGAUAUCAACAAAGCCACGAAACCGUCGAAAGGGCGGAGGGCUAGGGGAGACUUGGAAACCUGGCGCAGUAUCUUCGAGCUUUACUUGGAUGCUCGGGUCUUCUUUUCUACUAGGGAAAACGACCAUGGCGCCAGAACAAGCGCUCAGGCGGUCGAGCAACUCAGGUGGUUUCAAGAUCAAGUCCUGUCGAGAAAGUUAAUUCAUGGCCUCAAACUUGAGAACAGCCAGCAAGCUUACACAAGGUUUCUCAAUAUGAACGCUCUGCUCUUGCAAAUUCUUAAAUUUCAAGAGAUUAACAGUCUAGCAGUGACCAAGAUACUCAAGAAAUUCGAUAAGAGAACUGCGCUGGGCGUUUCGCGGGCAUUCCCUGUCACUGUGCAAUCCAAUAGGCUUCUAGCAGGGAAUGUGGCCAAAGACAUAUGUGCACAAAUGUCUAACGAUUUGAUUUCGGUCGUUCCGCAGCUUGAUGAUUAUCUCUGCCCUAUCUGCUUUGCCGUUGCGUACUGGCCGGUUCGGCUAGACUGUCAGCACAUAUUCUGCAGUCGGUGUCUCGUGAAAAUGUCACGAAGAGGAGAGAGGUUUUGCCCCCUCUGCCGAGCUGACGUGAUCAUGCGAGCUGGAUUGGAACAUUUUGAUAGCGAACGUGCCGCAUUUCUUCGCGAGUACUUUCCGAAGGAGGUCAAGGAAAAAAUUCGACUCAACGAGCGCGAACGCAAUAAGGAGAUAUUCGGACCGGAUUAUUCAGAUUCGCCUUGUUCUAUGAUGUGAAGUUGGCCCGAUGCUAUCUAUUUUAUUACGAAACGCACAAUUUCUACGAGCACAUCAACCGAAAAUUUGUCUCAGCUGUCCCGAACGUCGGAUACUUAACUGCUACCCAGUCGCCAUGCUCGGGACGAAUUUGAAACCCCCAAUCAUUGGUACUCAACUUAGAAUCCAUUGAGCUCAUCUAAUGAUAGAUCUCAACUCGACAUCGGGUGGGUCUCAUACGGUAUCUUUGAAACUUGUCCGCUGCCUGGCAGGUAUCUUGCGCCCGAAGCUGCUGGCUGUUCCGGUAGCCUAGUUUCUUCCCUGUUAUUGAUUAGGAGCAUACCCCUCACGGAUU